UGGAAACAUUGUGUGGCUCUUCUCCAGGAUUCUCUGAGUUGUGUGUUCUGUCCCAGGCUGGAGUGAGUUGCACUGCUCCUCUGGAGAGCAAACAGUCAGCUCAACGGACGAGAGUCUCACAGCAAAGCUCAAGCACACAAGCUGAUCAGCAUCAUCUCUGUCUGACCCAUCCCUUCACAGAAGGAAGAUAUCAGAUAGAAGAUAAUGACCUAAGAGUUGUCUUUUUGCAGAUAUUCGAAAUUCCAUAGAAAGACUGUGGAAUACAGCGCUCUGAAUUCUGUAUUCCAGGGCUGUCUAUUCCGAUGCUUUUGUGGACAAUGGGGAAGAACCGGUUGUUACUGUAUGCCCUUUUGGGUAUAAUGGCUUUUGGUCUAUUCCCAAAACUUGAAGCUCAGGAUGCCCCCGGGUCAGCCGACCUUAUACUCUUAAUUGACGGAUCAGAGAGCGUUGGAGCUGCCAACUUCCCCCUCGUCAGUGAUUUGGCUGUCCAAGUGAUUGAGGGGCUUGCCGUGGGCAGGGACGCAAUCCGUGUUGCCCUCGUGCUUUAUGGUGCCGAUCCCGAGAUUAAAUUCUAUCUCAAUAGCUAUGACAACAAAGAGAAUGUCCUCAGUGCUAUCCGGGGGCUUAAGUACCCUGGCGGGAUUGAGUCAAAUCUGGGGGCCGCCUUGGAGGAGGUGGUAGACAGUCUAUUGGGCCAAGAUGCAGGAGGCAGGGCAGCGGAAGGGGUGCCCCAGGCACUGGUGGUAAUCAGUGCUGGGGAGUCCACUGAUGAUGUCAAUCAGGGCGAGAGGGCCCUAAAGCAGGCCAAUGUGUACACCUUUGGUAUUGCUGUGGGUGAUUCUGCAACUGCCCAACUGGAAGCUAUUGCUACAGACAAAAGCUUUGUUCUGUCCGCUCCUGAUGUCAGAACAGUGGCAAGCAUGGGUGACCAGAUACUGCCAUACAUUAAUGGGGUCACCGAGCGCACCAUUGUGAUUCAAACAGAUUUCCCAGAAGCUUUGGCUGUUGGGAAAAGAGAUAUAAUUUUCCUCAUUGACAGUAGCAUGGGUGGCACCUCAAUCAAUGCAGUGCGAGAAUUCAUCAAAAGGUUUAUUGACACCAUGCCAAUUGGACCUGAUCAGGUGCAGGUCGGAGUGACCAUGUUUUCCACCACCCCAAGGUCGGAGAUCAACCUCAACUCAUAUAGUUCAAAAGAAUCGCUAAGCUCUGCUCUCGCAAGAAUAAAACCCAAACCUUCUGUUGAAGUCAACAUCGGGGCUGCCCUGGAUUUUGUGAGAACCAGCAUGCUCAGACCUGAGAGUGGGAGCCGCAUUCAAGAUCAAGUGACACAGCUUGUGUUUCUCCUGACCAGUAAAAAAUCUAAAGACAGUGUCCAACAGCCAGUUGAAGCUCUCCGUCAAAUGGGUGUUCUAACUUUGGCUGCAGGCUCCAACGCAGCCGAUGGGGCUGAGCUCAGGCAAAUAGCUUUUGAUGAAUCUGGGGUUUUCAUCCGGAAGGACUUCAGGGGGUUGCUGCGCAACCCCAAAGAAAUUAUAGACCAUCUCUCUACAUUGACUGGUGCUGUUGUGACAGAGGGUCCAACUGAAACGGGCCCAUUUGUGGAUGUUACUACAGUCCGCACCCAAAAAGUUGUCCGAGACAUUGUCUUCCUGGUGGAUGGAUCUUCCUACGUUGGAUAUAACUUGCAACCUGUGCAGGACUUCAUCACUGGCGUGGUAAACAGACUAGACGUUCGACCUGAGCGAGUGCGCAUUGGACUAAUGCAGUUUGCUGAGAGGCAGAAAAAUGAAUUUUAUCUGAACACUCACAACACCAAACAGGAUGUUCUCUCUGCCAUUGCUCAGCUGAGUUUGAUGGGAGGACGUGCAUUGAACACUGGUGCAGCCCUACAGUAUGCCCUAGCCAACCACUUCCAGCCCUCAGCUGGGUCUCGUAGGAGACAGGGGAUCCAGCAGGUACUGGUACUAAUAACAGGAGGACCAUCUCAAGAUGAAGUCAAGAGGAUUGCUGACCGUGUAGCUAUAGAGGGUGUUUUGACUUUUGCUGUUGGAGCUGGCCAAGUGGAAGAGAGUUUCCUUAAAACUGUUGCUUUUGUUGAAGAUUUGGCAUACUACAGAAAAAAUUUUGCUGAUUUGUCAAGUGUUGUUGACGAGAUUAUGACACCACUGAUCACUGUUGUUGGGGAGACUGAUACAUCAAUAACAGUAACACCAGGUCCCUCAGGUGGAGAAAGGGAUGUUGCAUUCUUGAUCGAUGGCUCUGAUGAUGUCCGAGGUGACUUUCCCUAUAUCCGUGACUUCAUUUCCAAAGUAAUUGAGCCUUUGGAUAUAGGCUUUAAUAAAGUGCGAGUUUCUGUGGUCCAGCAUAGCGAGAACCCAAGUCCUAGCUUCUACCUGAACACUUACCAAACCAAAGAUGAGGUGCUGAGAGCUGUGAAUGGACUCACUCUGACAGGUGGCAGAAGUUUGAAUACUGGUGCUGCCUUGACUUUCAUGAAAAACACCAUCUUGUCACCAGCAUUUGGUAGUCGAUCUGGCGAAAAUGUUCCCCAAUUUUUGAUCGUUUUGACGGGGGGAAGAUCAAGAGAUAGUGUCAGAGAACCUGCGGUAGCCCUAAAGACUGAUGGAGUUGUACCUUUUGGUGUUGGAGUGAAAAAUGCAGAUCCUAAACAGAUUGAGGCCAUCUCUCACAAUCCAUCAUUUGCUUUCAAUGUGAAGGAAUUCAGCCAGCUCAACACAGUUCAGGAAAGGCUCAAGAACUAUGUGAACCUUCCAGAUCAAGAACUGAAAGUCUUUCUAGAGAAAGUUGAAUUGGAUGCAGCUCAAAGAGACAUUGUCUUUAUCCUGGAUGGGUCUGAUGACACCAGGGAUGAGUUUAAACAGAUGUGUCAGUUUGUUCAAAGAGUCGUGGACAAACUCAAUAUCGGGCUCAGUGGAGACAGAGUGUCUUUAGUCCAAUACAGCAGAGAGCCACGUGUCCAUUUUUACCUGAACACACAUGCCACAAAGCAAGAAGUUCUCAAUUCAAUUGAGACACUGCAACACCAGGGAGGAAAUCCCCUCAAUACAGGAAGAGCCCUUGAUUAUACAAAAAAGAACAUGUUCAUUGCUUCUUCUGGGAGCAGACUCCUGGAUGGGGUUCCUCAGAUUCUUGUGCUUGUGACUGGAGGAAGGUCUCAGGAUGAUGUUAGAGCUCCAGCUGCAGCUCUGAAACUGGACCAAAUUGUACCAUUUAGUAUUGGCAAUCAAAAUGCAGAUGUUAUUCAACUCCAGGCAAUCUCGUAUACUCCUGGUCAUACCCUUACUGUUCCUCAGUUUGAUGACCUUCAAACCAUUGAGCAGAAACUUUUAUCAUAUGUAAAAAUAGUUCCUCGUCAGCCCAGGAGGAUUCCACCAACUGCAACAGAUGCUGGAAAAAGAGAUGUUGUUUUUUUAAUCGAUGCCUCUGAUGGCACAAAGGAAGAUUUCUUAGGAAUGCAAAACUUUGUUCAGACCCUGGUUCAGAAACUGGAUGUGUCACCAAAUAAAGAUCGUGUUUCAGUGGUCCAGUACAGUGAUGAUGCAGCUUUUGAUUUUCUUUUGAAUACACAUUCAUCAUCAGACGAUGUUAUAAAUCAUGUGAAACGUCUAAUUCAUAAAGGAGGAAGGCUGCGUCUCACUGGGACAGCCUUACAGUAUGUAAAGGACAACAUGUUUACUGCUGCUGCAGGAAGUAGAUAUUUGGAGGGUGUGACACAGUUUCUAAUUCUGCUGAGUUCUGGAAGGUCUAAUGAUGACAUACGUGGUCCAGUCAAAGCUUUGAAAGAUAUCGGUGUCAUUUCAUUAAGUAUUGGCACCACAAAUGCUGAUACACUUGAGUUACAAAUAAUAUCCCAUCAACCAAACUACUUUUUCAUUUCUGAAUUUGAGAACAUUCUUGAUGUUCAAGAUAAUAUCUCCGCAUUAAUAAAAGGGUUAUCUUACCAACGGCUACCAACAAUGGCUCCGCAGGUCUCUGAAUCUGCUAAAAGGGAUGUUGCAUUUCUUAUUGAUGGCUCUGAUGAUUCUAAAAUUGGUUUUGAGGCAAUUCGCAAUUUUAUCCAGAGGGUAGUUGAGAGUCUAAAUGUGGAGGACGAUCUUGAUAGGGUGGCGGUUGUUCAGUACAGUCGGGAUCCCACAGCUAAUUUUUAUCUCAGCUCAUACUCAACCAAAAAAGAGGUACUAAAUUCCAUACAUUCUAUGAGGCACAAAAGUGGAAGGCCACUGAACACUGGAGCUGCUCUACUGUUUAUUAAAGAAAAUAUAUUUACACAAUCCUCUGGAAGCAGACGUCAUGAGGGUGUACCUCAGAUUCUGUACUUAUUUAGCGGUGGUAGAUCUGGUGAUGAUGUCAGAAUCAUUUCACAGAAUUUAAGAGAAAACAACAUACAAGUAUUUACAAUUGGCACAAGAAAUGCAGAUACACUUGAGUUACAGACAAUGUCUUCAACUCCAGCCUAUGCUUUCUCUGUUCCUGACUUCACCUCCAUCAACAGCAUUGUCCAAAGAGUUGCCUCUGUUUUGACAAGUGGUGAUGAAAUUCCUGAGCAAUUUCCAACUCCCCAGGGUAAGAAUUAUAAUAACUGAUAUCUUUUCUUGAAC